ACUGAAAACCUAAUUCAAUUGUUGAUAAAUUGCUAUACUGAUUAAUAGUAACAAUUUAGUCUAACUAAUCAAAAUGUCCACUCAAAUUUUCCUGGUUUUGUCCGCAGUUUUCGUGCUGUUUACAAUUAACUCAUCCAUAACUUAUGGAGCUCCAUCAAGUCCAGUUUACACUUACAAUGUAACCGUUAAAACUUCCUCAGCCAAGUUCGAUGACCACAAUGGUAAACUGAAAAUGUCGAUCAUGUACAGAAAUGGAACUAAAAGUAACCAAGAAGAUAUUCUAUUAACUCCAGAUGAUAUUAACAUUGCUCGAGAUCGUACUUAUAACUCAACGAUCGCUUCUUUCGCUCCAUUGGCAAAUAUUACCUCAGUUUACCUUCGAUGGACUUUAAAAUCACCUUACAAUCCAAAAUACGUCUUCUCGAAGCCUUCGAUUUAUUUUGAUCCAAUUGCCAUUUCUUACAAAUUUUUCGAUCCUAAUUUACAUUCGACCGUCAUCCAAAGUCGACGAUUCUGUCCACCAACAUCACCAGUGGCAAUUAAACACUCAGAUGGAGCAAAUUUCUUCCCCUGUGCAUGAUCAAUGACAAUUUCACUUGGUUAACACGACGAAAUCAUAGCUAAUAAUUCAAAUGAACGAUUACUGAAUAAAGAAUCAAAUUGAUUAUGUAAUUGCAA